CUCUUUUUCGGCUCUGUGAUUUUGUCAGAUCUAGUUUGUUGGAGUUUCGGCUUGGUGGCUUUUCUGUCCUCUGGUUUAACAUGCUUUGUUUGUUUUUUAUCGCUAGUGGCGUGAAGCAACGCUUCGCCUCGAAAAUGUGAACUUGAUCAAUAGUUCCAUCGUGGAAUGCUUAUGUUUUCUCGCAGUUACAAGAUGUGUCGUAUUUCAGACAUCAGUUAUAAGUCAUGAGUGCAAUAAAUGAAGGAGAACAUUUUUUGCUAAACCAUCCAAUUCCUAAUUUUUUGGGAGAAUUUGAUCAAUCCGCCUCGGUUGGUAACCAGAGUUUCAGUGAAUCAUUUGACUUGCCUAAUGUAUCGCCGAUUGACAUUGACGAAGCGUUAAAGAAAGAAAUCAAUCAGACAGUGAAACCAUCAGAUUUAUUUAAGUACGAUUUUUUGUUUGAUAGAAAAGCUGGCGUGGCAAAAUCAGCAAAUGUAAAAUUCAGGGAUUCAAAGCCCGAAACUGAUUACUCAUCGAAGCUCAGUAAUCCAAACAAUCUGCUCAAGAAAUUAGCCAUACUAAGUCUAGAAGAGAGUUUUGAAACGUUCGCACCCAAAGUUACCGAUUUGUCUUUGCCGGACAAUUUAUCCGACUUUGUUCUUAACGAAUUUCCUCUUGAUGUAUCACCUGAGGUUUCAAAUUAUCAAAAAGUUUCGAAAUUGGAAGUUAUUAAUAUCGCUAGCAAUACAAAGGUUGCCAGCUCGACAACAGUUCCCAUAUUGAACAACGCUAAAAGAGAAGGUUUUCAGUUUGCCAAGCUUUUGAAAGCGAACGAGCAAUAUGAACCCAAGGAGAAAGUCAUUGACUACCCUUUUGAGCUAGACUUCUUCCAAAAGGCUGCCAUCGUCUGUUUGGAAAACAGGGAGCAUGUAUUUGUGGCUGCGCAUACUUCUGCUGGAAAAACCGUUGUUGCUGAAUGGUCUAUUAUGUUGGCGAUGAACAACCACAGGAAGGCCAUUUAUACCUCUCCAAUUAAAGCACUCUCAAAUCAGAAGUUUCGCGAUUUCAAACAAAAGUAUGUGGGACACAGUGCGUAUCCGAACUUCAGUGUUGGAAUCUUGACGGGCGAUGUUCAAAUUGACGCCGAUUCAUCGUGUCUAAUUAUGACUACAGAAAUUCUGCGCUCAAUGCUGUACCUGAACUCGAGCAUAAUAUCAGAAGUUGAUUUUGUGGUAUUCGACGAAGUUCAUUAUAUAAGCGACGAGGAACGAGGCGUCGUUUGGGAAGAAACAUUGAUCAUGUUACCGCCAUCGGUCACUAUUGUUAUGCUUAGCGCCACUGUCGGAAACGCUAUGCAGUUUGCUAACUGGCUCGGAGGCAUCAAGAAGCGAAUGGUUAAUGUUGUUUUUACAGCCGAACGACCAGUUCCUUUGACCCAUCAUUUAUACACAGGGUUCAAGGUCAAAGGAAAGAAGGAACCAGAAAUGCUUUCAUUUUUGACCGCGGAUAAAACAGUUAACGAGACAGUUGUAAGAACUGCGGAAAUGACGAUGAAAGAAAACAGAGAUAGCGGUGUAUCGAAGCAUGAAAAACUGUUCAAGUUGCUGUCGAAACUGAAACGGGAAUGUUUGAUGCCAGUGAUUGUGUUCGUCUUUUCCAAGAAACAGAUAGAGGAGUUGGCAACUAGAAUGAAGGGAGACUUCACGGCUGACAAGCAUGAGAAGUGGCACAUUGAGUGUUUUAUCAGAAGGAAGUUGGAGACUGUGAAAGCGGACUAUGUGCAGCAUAGUGCUCAAGUAGAGCAGCUGAAGGCUCUUCUUACUCGAGGAAUAGGCGUGCAUCACAGUGGUAUUUUGCCAAUUAUGAAGGAGAUUGUGGAGUUGCUGUUUGCCAAUGGCUUCGUAAAAGUCCUCUUUGCCACUGAGACGUUUUCCAUGGGAGUGAAUAUGCCUGCCAAGUCUGUGGUGUUCACAGCUGUGAACAAAUUCGGAAACAUCGACAACACCACCAAACUCGGAAGAAGACUUUUGAAGCCAGAGGAAUACAUCCAGAUGGCUGGUCGAGCUGGUAGACGAGGUCUGGACUCGACAGGAACUGUCAUCAUCUUCUGUGACAGAUCUGUUCCCCACAGCCAAGACCUCAGAUCUCUCACCACAACAAAACUGGCAUCUCUGAGAAGCCACUUUCAGGUUACCUAUUCAAUGAUUCUGAAGAUAUUUAGAUCAGAGAGUCAACUGAACAUCGAAGACAUGAUGGGAAGGUCUUUCUCGGAGAUUUGGAGGAUAUUUCACCAUGAGAAAUCAGUCACGCAAGCUGCUUCGCUUGAAGAAGAUUUAGACCAAGGUGACGGAUCCAACAGAUACGAUUGCGAACAGUGCUCGGACGUAACGUUACAGAAGUUUGUAAUGAGUUCGAAUGAUUAUUACGAAACUUUGAGAGAAAUAUACGGUACAUUCAAAUCACGAGUGGUUAGCGAAUUUGUGCAGGUUGGUAGACUUGUAGUGCUCAGCUGGCCUGGUUUUGAAAAUAUGCUUGGAGUUGUGGUUCAAGUCUUUAGAGAUACAUCAAUGAUGGUUCUAACGUCACUCGAUAAUGUCAAUAGUGAGUCGGAGUUCAUCACAGCGCCUCCUGUGGGGAUAGUUUUUUCCAAUUUUCCUCUUUUUGGCGAACCUCCAAAUCUAAGCUGCAAAGUUUUGGCACCCUGCCUUGUUACAUGCAAUACGCAACAUGUGCUCUACUUUUGUCGGGAGAAAUUACACAUCGAACAAUCGGAGGCGAAAGAUAUCGUGAAAAAUUUUGAGCAGCGAGCCAGAUACAACAAAAUACCUUUUCCGUUUGCGAGAGUUGUUUACAAAAUUUUGGAAAGCUUGUCAACCGCUUUGAAAAGUUUUCUUCCGAAGGCGGUGAAUAGCGUAGAUGCAAGAAGUCUUUUCCCGCUGAAGACUAAAUCAUUACGAGUUCACGAUUUGGAAACGAAUUUUGAAGCUGUUUGCAACUGUUUGAACGGAUACUAUAAUGACUGCACUAAAUUCUACGAGCAUGCAAACUUCUACAAACUACGGAUGUCUAAACAGAAUGAAUUGAAAAAGUUGAAGGCGAAUUUGAGCCAUGAAUCUUUACAGAGCUAUCAGGACUACCAAGACAGAAGAGACAUUUUGAAACGAUCUCAGUAUUUAAACGAUAGCGAUAAACUAACAUUAAAAGGAAAAGUGGCGUGUCAAAUUUCGAUUCAGGAAAUUCCGAUCACUGAGUGUUUGUUUGCAAAUGUUUUUCACGAAAUGAGCCCACCCGAAAUUGCAGGUUUUUUGUCAGUUUUUGUGUUUCAAGGUCCACCGAGUGAAGAACCCGAUAUUGAUAAAUUUGUCGAGAAUAUUCGAAUAAGAAAUGUGAUCAUAGAAUUCUUCAGACUGAAAGAAAAGUUAAUGCUUGAAGCUCAAAUUGUAGAUUUUGGCCUGGUGGGUUAUGCUGAAAUAUGCGUCAAUUUAGCGGAUACAGUUUACCUUUUCUCGAGCAAAGCGAGUUAUACAGAAAUUAUUCACAGUGUCUCAAAGUUAGAAGAGCUGGGAGCAAAACCGGUGCUAGAAGGUGAUAUUGUGCGGUGUCUGCAGCGUGUUGAAUAUCUAGUUCGUGAACUACGAGCGGCUGCUUUUCUGAUCGGAGAUCCAAGUUUAGUUGAAAAAUUUGGCGAAGUGCACACUACAUUUAAAAAUGAAUUAGUGUUUGUAAAUAGUUUGUACCUGCAAAGUUAAUUGAACUAUUGGCAUUGAAUUAGUCAAUUGGUCAAAAAAUGUUUGGCGAAUAAAGCCUUAAUAAAUUGUGAUUUAAAUUAAUUUUUGAAGACCAGCUCAAAUUAUU